GAGGCGUUAUUGUGUUCACCAAUGGUGUGAUUCAAAAUAUAAAGGGUCUUUACGCUUCUUAUUGACCAAUACCAAAGUACCACGUCACACAAAAACUCUGGUAGAAAAUGUUAGAAAAAGACUUGAAAAUUUUCCAAAAAAUGUUAAUUUAAUAUUGGAUGCAAUCCAUAGCAUUAGCGAAUCAUUUAAAGAAAUUUUGGAAAAUGAAACAAGUCACCCAAGUUUAGACAAAGUUCGAGAAAUAGCAGCACAAUAUGAUCUGCAUACAAAACUUACAGGUGCCGGUGGAGGAGGGUGCGCAGUAACUUUUAUUCGUAAUGAUGUAUCAAAAGAACAAAUCGAAAAUGUCAAAAAGGAUCUGAAUGCUUCACCACAUUGUUUUGAAUGUUACGAAACAUCUAUCGGAGGACAUGGAGUUGGCGUAUUGGAUACAUGUAUUAGCAUAGAUUUACAAGAAUUCUUGAAAAGUGAAAAGAAUAAAUUGACCGAAAUUACUGGAUGGAAGUAUUUUGCUUAA